AUGCUCAAGAAAUACAUUGUUGUUAUAUCCGCUAACCUACUGCUAAACGUAGCAUUUAAUUCGAGUCCAUUUGGUGUGCAUGCCUUGGACACACUAACAGAACGGGAAUCAUCAAAUGCAGGGGAAGAACAUGUUUCGAUUAACUACGAACCGCCAGAACAAGAUUCAAGCGAAGCAUGUGACUACACUGUAUUAGAAGAAUACAGUGACUGUGGAAAUAUAGCAAAUGAGAAGUCUAACAAUGAAAAAGAUGUAGAACCUCAAGGCUCAAAUAAAAGUAUGAAAAGCGAAGAAAACGGAACACAAACAGAAGAGGAAGAAGAAGAAAAAGUGGAACAAGGGGAAGGGAACUACCAUGACGCCUCUCAUAUAGAUGGGCAAGAACAGGCUGAUGGACAAAACAAUGAUAACGAAUUAGCUGGCGAACAUAUAGUACAAGAAGUGAACGGAGAUGUAGUAGUUUUAAAUGAAAAUACAUACAGCAUUGAAGAAUUAGAAGAUCCACUUGACAGCUAUAGAACUCUCUAUUCAAUUUUAUUUGCAGAAUUUGAAACAACAAAAACGUACUUAACUAAAAUUAUGAACUGUACCACAGAUGAAGAAAAAAAUGAACUGUUAGAGGACCACAUUGGUAUUUUAAAAGAAAUGUAUGAAAAUAGCAAACAAAUUGAAAACUUUAGAUUACCCUUCGAGAUAAGGGAUUCUAUGGCACUUCGAAUAAGUGACCGCCUUCGAGAUUUCUGCUUUAGCGAAUACCUAACAGAUUCAAACAUUUUAACAUUACAGUCUCUUUUUUUAGUAGAAUUAGAAGUUUUCAAAGGUCUCUUUUAUUACUUAAAACAUAAGAACACCUAUAGUGAAAGAAAGGAAGUUAUAAACGACUUAGAAUUAAUAAAAUUAUAUCACGAAGAAUUAAUUACCGAAAAUGGCUUGCACCUAACAGACGAACAGCUAGACAAUGCAGCAAUGAGAGUAUCCAACUUUGUCCAUGACUUAUAUUUUAUGUGCUUCUCAAAUUAUCAAAAUAUGCUUAUAUUCCGUGAAAUAAGGGAUGCAAUCUUACAGGAUGCAAUCACCACAUAA